UGUUGACUAGCUCCAUUUGAUGAGAAAAGUAAAACUAAGAAAAAACAAGAUUUAUCCAAAACAAGUCCACAUUCAAUUAAAACAUAGCACCUUGUUCAAAGCAAUAUGGUAGACUCAAUAGGAAGAAAGUUUCAAACACCACAAAGAAAAGAAUUGAAGAAAGAAAGUGAUGACAAACAAUACCUUCAUAGAACCAUCUCAUAAUUCUGUUCCUUGAGUGUGUUUCAAGACAUAUUCUUUAGUAUUAUUCCCUUUACUCUUUCCUCAAGUCUUUUCAUUCAAAACAAACCAUUUCAUCAUGGAAAUUCCUCCUCCAAGAUUCAAUUUCACAGUAAUCUUCCUCAUCAUCAUUUCUCUCUCUUUUGGUGUGAUUUCAUUCUUCUUGUGUAUAGCUGCUGAGAUAAGGAGGAAUAAGGAGGAGGAUCUUAGAUGGAAUGGAAAAGUAUGUUAUAUGGCAACAAGUAAAGCAUUUGGACUGAGUAUUGCAACAUUGGUUAGUUUAUUUUUUGCACAUAUGAUUGGGAAUUAUGCAUUAGUAAAGAAUUCUUAUUCAAGAUGGAAAAGUAUCUCCAAGUUUAAGAUACCUACUUCUUCAAAGGUUCUGUAUUUUAUAUCUUGCAGGGUUAGCUUUGGAAUUGUGGUUAUAUUAUUGAUUGCUGCAACAAGUAUGAGUAGAAAGCAACUCUAUGGGAAAGGAUGGUUGAAUGGUGAGUGCUACAUAGUGAAAGGAGGAACAUAUUCUGGUUCAGCUAUAUUGAUUCUUGUAACAAUUGGCUCUCUAAAUGGUUCAUCUUUCUCAAUAUUAAAAACUAGGCAAGAACAAGAAGAUCAGAAAAUACUCAAACAAAGUGGUUUACAUUAAAUUUUUGUGUUCAAACUAAUGAGAAAAAGAAAAGGAAAAAUGGGUUUGGAAAGUGUGGAAAUAAGUGCUAAGAGCCCCCACUAAGUAGCUUAUCAUUCUCCAAAGAAAUAUCUUUUAUGUUUUUCAACUUACACUAAAAAGGAGACACUUCAUUUGUACAUAUUCCAAUGUGCCUAUGGUACAAGGGAACUCAUGUUUUGAUCCCACUUGCAAAUAUUGAUAGUUGUUUA